AUGCCGAACAUAAAAGUAUUUUCUGGGUCAUCUCAUCGUGACUUAGCCCAGCGUAUUUGCGAGCGCCUUCAGUUGGACGUGGCAAAAGCAUCCCUGAAAAAAUUUAGUAACAGGGAAACGAAUGUGGAAAUUGGUGAAUCUGUUCGUGGUGAGGAUGUGUAUAUUAUACAGUCAGGAGCUGGUGAAAUCAAUGACAAUUUGAUGGAGCUGCUCAUCAUGAUCAACGCAUGCAAGAUAGCGUCGUCGUGUCGUGUGGCAGCCGUUAUUCCGUGUUUUCCGUAUGCCAGACAGGAUAAAAAGGAUAAAUCACGUGCGCCCAUAUCGGCUAAACUAGUGGGUCUAAUAUCUCCAUAUGCUUUAUUACAGGGUUUCUUCGACAUUCCUGUCGAUAAUCUGUAUGCAGAACCAGCAAUUCUUAAGUAUAUUAAGGAAUCAAUUCCUAAUUGGCAGACAUCAGUGAUCGUGUCACCUGACGCUGGCGGAGCUAAAAGGGUAACGUCAAUUGCUGAUCGCCUUAAUGUUGAUUUUGCGCUCAUUCAUAAAGAGCGGAAGCGUGCAAACGAAGUGGAGAAGAUGACUUUAGUUGGAAAUGUCGAAGGAAAGGUAGCUAUACUUGUUGAUGAUAUGGCUGAUACAUGUGGAACAAUUUGUAUGGCAGCAGAAAAACUUGUUGAAGCUGGCGCUGAGAAAGUGUAUGCUUUCUGUGUCCACGGAAUAUUUUCGGGCCCCGCUUUGCAGCGCCUGAACAACUCAAAAUUUGAAGCGAUCGUAGUUACGAAUACUAUUCCUCAGGAAGAAAACAUGAAACAAUGUCCCAAGAUUCAGUGUAUCGACAUAUCAAUGAUCCUGGCGGAAGCGAUUCGUCGCACGCACAAUGGAGAAUCUGUUUCUUAUCUUUUCUCACAUGUGCCCAUCUGCUGA